CGAGUGAGCACUGACCAAGGAAAAGGAAUAUGAUAAUAAAGUUAGGAUGGAGUUGUCGCGCUGUUUGGAUAUCAGCUACAACAACAACAGUAUGACCAAGCUGGACCGGGCCAGGCGCUGAGCAACUCUUAGAAAACUACACGAGUUGUUUUUACUGCGUGUUUCUCUCUGGAAAGUCAAUUCGAGCGGGUUUGGAUAGCUCUUCCUGUUACAAACUCGGUGAUUACAACGUUUUAAUGGAGUGAAACCGCUCGUUGUUUGUGUGCAUCGGCCAGCACCAGCAGUAUGGAUAGUCUCGUGCAAAGGGGAUUCUGCGGGAACGCCGCAAAGUUGCGGCCAGACGUCGUUAAUGGAGAUAUGGGCUUAAUAGUGCCAGUUGGUCAGCCCUGAAACUUGUCUUGUCGUAAAACACGGCUUGGCUGUACUGAAUGCUCCUUUCCUGCUAUUCUUCUCCUCUUCUUAGCGCUUCCUGCUUGUGGUGGCCACUGCACUUAAUGGCUAAAAAUACAUAAAAAACUCAGAAUGGACAGCUAAAUGUAGUGGGAAACUUCACUUGGAGUUGUAAUGGUAGGUCUUUAAACAUUUUACAAGCAGCUAAUGGUAAUUCGAGGUUUGCCUUUAUAGUUUUAAAAAAAAUCAGAAUGAAUUAGGUGGCACUUUUAAAUGGGGGAAUAAGAAAUAGCCAAUUAACUGAUAAUGAGGUGACUUAAGUGCCUCCUGUAGAAAUGAUAUUGUGCUCAAGCCAUGUGUUGGGAAACCACACACCACAUCACUUGAAUAGAAAGACAUUCAAUGGAGACAAUUCUGCCUCUCUUAGCUUUCAGUCACUUGCCAGAAUCAGUUACUUUGGUUUGAUUAUGGCUAUUUCACAUGGAGAGCUUUGCAUUCGUUGUAGAGACGAAUGAGAGACACUUGGUGUUCGUUUAAUUUUUAAUCCUUGCUUGUAGCCUACUUGUUGCUUGAGCUUUUGAACACAUUUCACUGGUCCCUGAUGAACCAACAAGAAAGACAGGAAAGGGAGCGAGGCGCAAUAAAGUACUCUUUUGUACUUUAUUUUCAAACCCUUGGGGUGCAGAAUCAAAUCCAGUCAAAACAUCUGCUUGAGGCUCCAUGGAGCCGCUGAAGAACAUAUUCAGCCGAGGCCCGCUGUCGAACUGGAAAAAUUUGGAACAGUCACAAAAAGGGAACUUCACCAACCCUGUGUGGACGGCCUUGUUUGACUAUGAGGCAUCCUGUAAAGAUGAGCUCACUUUACGCAAAGGUGACCUGGUGGAAGUCCUCUCGCUGGACUCGGAGAUAUCAGGGGACGAGGGCUGGUGGGCGGGUAAGGUCAACAACAAGGUUGGCAUCUUCCCGUCUAACUAUGGCUCCUUCAAGCCCAGUGGAUAUGGGAAACUGCCGGGCAGAGAGCUGGGCCCGGCCGUGGUGAGCGAGUUCGAACCUGAGACCGUGGAUUUCCGGGAACUGAGCUUGGAGGAGGUCAUUGGGGUUGGGGGCUUCGGGAAAGUGUAUCGCGGUACGUGGAGAGGCGAGCUGGUGGCCGUGAAGGCCGCACGGCAAGACCCAGACGAGGACAUCAGUGUGACAGCCCAGAACGUGAGGCAGGAGGCGCGCUUGUUUGCCAUGCUCACGCACCCCAACAUCAUCGCCCUGAAAGGUGUCUGUCUGCAGGAACCUAACCUGUGCCUCAUCAUGGAGUAUGCCUCCGGUGGGCCGCUGAGUCGGGCGCUGGCGGGACGCCGCAUCCCGCCACAUGUCCUGGUCAACUGGGCCGUGCAGAUAGCCAGAGGGAUGCUGUACCUGCACAGCGAGGCCAUCGUCCCUGUCAUCCACCGGGAUCUCAAGUCCAACAACAUACUUCUGGCUCAGCCCAUAGAGAAUGAAUGUAUGGAGGGUUUGACAUUGAAGAUUACAGACUUCGGCCUGGCGAGGGAAUGGCACAAAACCACCAAGAUGAGCACUGCCGGCACCUAUGCCUGGAUGGCCCCUGAGGUCAUCAAGUCGUCGACCUUUUCCAAGGGCAGUGAUGUCUGGAGCUAUGGUGUUCUGCUGUGGGAGCUGCUAACAGGAGAGGCGCCCUACAGAGGCAUUGAUGGACUCGCCGUCGCCUAUGGAGUAGCUGUCAAUAAACUCACUCUGCCCAUCCCUUCCACAUGCCCUGAACCCUUCGCCCACCUCAUGUCAGAGUGCUGGGACCAGGACCCCCACCAUAGGCCCAACUUUGGCUCCAUCUUGUCCCAGCUGACGACCCUGGAGCAGCAGGUGAAGGAGGACAUGCCGCAGGAAUCCUUCCACUCCCUGCAGGAGGACUGGAAACUGGAGAUCCAGCACAUGUUCGAUGAGCUGCGGGCUAAAGAGAAGGAGCUGCGAUGCCGUGAGGAGGAGCUGAAGCGAGCAGCACUGGAGCAGAAAUCCCAUGAGGAGUUCCUUCGACAGCGUGAGCAGCAGCUGGCCCAGUGGGAGCAGGAUGUGUUCGAGCGCGAGCUCAGCCUCCUCAUCCUCCACAUGAACCAGAACCAAGAGAAACCUAAUGUCAAAAAGAGGAAGGGCACGUUCAAGAAGCACAAGCUUAAAAGCAAGAAUGGCGAGAAGAUCAGCAUGCCUCAAGAUUUCAUUCAUAAGAUUACGGUGCAGGCUUCCCCAGGCUUGGAGAAGAGGCGGAACUCUCCAGAUUUGGGUUCGGGCUCCUCACCCUCUUUCGGCCCACGCUUCCGAGCAAUACAACUUAGUCCAAGUGACAACAGCAGGACAUUUGGUCUGAGCUCAGUGUGGCCCUUAGAGGCCCCUUCCCUUAAACAAGCCAAUGGAGACCUGCGAUUGGGCCCCCACUGGAGACCUCAGAGCCCUAAAAGCCCCAAGAGUCCUAAAGUCCUGCGCCUUAGCCCCCAGGAAAGCAGUCUGUCGAUGAGAGCCAAGCUCUUGGAGUUGGACAGCAAUGAGAAUGGAGAAUCCAAGGAUGACUUUGAGGAGUACAGACCCUCCACACCAACCCCUCUCCCUGCUCAGAAUGGCUCCUCAGUGAAAGAGAGCCUGCGGCUGCCUCUACCUCAGGGAGACUCAGGCAGUGAGGAAGGGGGUUCCUCCCCAGCUGGCUCCCCCAGGCCAGAGAGGGGUUCCCUGGGUGGCCUGAUCAAGAGCACCCACAGGGCUCUGCUAGGCGGUGGCUCCCUAUUGGCUUCCAUAGGUCUCGGUCGCUGCCUAGAUGUCCCUCCCCGGGUACCCCCUCGAACUAACCCUCCAUCCCUGGAGGACCAUCACCGCACCCCUUCCGAACCAGAAAUCGCACCUCCUAAAUCCGUCACUUCGGACCCCCCGGUAGUGGACGAUCUCAUCACGUUCUCCACCUCUGAGCAGCUCCCCAGACCGUUCUUGGAUUUAGUGUUGCAGCAUCCAGAGGUUAGGCCUCUACCCCUAACGCCUCCUCCGCCGAACCCCCGUGAGAGGAGUGGCCACCGCACCCCGCAGACACCACAGAGUCCCCAGAGCCCCAGGACACCCCAGCAUCAAGGCAGGGCCAGUCCAGGGGAGUCUGCCCAGAUGUCCCAUCUAACCAACGGUGAGGUGGGCUGUGAGGCCUGGGACUACAGCUCUGACAGGCGGAGGAGGUCCAGCCAAGGCCUGCAUGCAUCUCAACUAGUUCUGGACCUACCUUUGUGUCAAGACACACUGGACUCUGAUGACAAGCCUUCGGUGCCCUUCUCCCUCUAUCCGGACCCUCGCCUCUGGACCCCCAAAACCCGCCGCCUGGAGGUUAAUGUCAUCCCCCGGCCACGCCCCUCCCCCAUUCGUCCCCGCAUCGACCCUUGGAGCUUCAUUUCGGCGGGAGGCGGGGGUUCAGGAGGUGCCCGCAGCCCCCAUCGCUCUGACAGCCAUCCUCUUGGCUACCAGCCAUCCCCCACCAACCCCUUCACCAACUGUGACCCCUUCCCCUCGCCGGACUGCGACCCCUUUGCCCUCAGGGCCGACCCCUCAGGCACCCUAGAUACGGCUUCACGCUUUGACCCCUUCUCGGCGCCCUUCCCCACCUCCCGUUCCGCCCCGUGCUCCACCAACGGCUCGCCCACACUGCCCACGUUCCGCGUGGCGCCCCUCAACCCAGCUGACUCGCCUCUCAUCGACUUGGGCUGGGCGGCCUGCAGCAAGCCCCCGGACAGCACCAAAGAGAAGGCUCGACCCCGCAGGACUCUGGGGCUCAAGCCCUUCAAGUCCCCAACACAGCUCAGAGACGACAGAUUCUAAACCCAUCUAAACCCAGCUUUGCCCGUGGGCACACGGCUGUCCCUCUCCUGUGGAUUUUAAUUACAGCUGUUUUUAUCACAGGAAUGCAGUCCAGGACCGCGUGCACUACUAUGUCCGAGGUGUUCACAAGGAUUUGGGAUCCUUUUAAAAAAAUGAAACAAAAAAGCACCACUCAGCCCAUAGAGGGAGGUCUCAUUGAUGGGAACCAGCGAGCCCCAGCUGUGGCAGGUCCUAUUUAUUUGCCAGCCUGUUGCCUUGGAGACCAGGAAGCCAGUGAAAGGUCAUUGGUAGUACAUUGGACUGUGGGAUAGUGGCCUGCAAACCAAGUAUCUGGUGCCCCUUUUUUUUUUUUUUCCCCAGUCCCUCUCAAUCUCUGUCUCUCGAGCCCUCUGGAGAAGCAGAUCAGAGAUCAGUGGUCCCGUCUUCAGAUUCUAACAGACUGCUCAUAUCUCCAGCUUUCAUCUCCCGCUUACCUUUGAAGCAUUGUGACAAUGCAGAGGUGGAUAAGGCGACUUGCACGACUUUACCUGCCUCUACCUCUCUGCUGACUCUGAAAGAAUUCAGGACAAUGGAAAAUUGGAGUGCCUUAUUUCGUGAAGUGUUUUUAAUAUAUAUCUCUUUAAGAUUCCAUGACCGGUUAACCUGGCGCGUAGGGAAGAUGCUAUGAUUUUGGCUUAAAUGUGCAAAGCAGCAUAGCAUUGCUGUGGAAGAAAAUGGUGUUUGUGUGUGUGCCUGUGUGUUUGUGUGUGUGUGUGUGCAUGUGUGUGUGUGUGUGUUCAGACCCACUGUAAGGAGAGAAUGCUAUUUUUUUAAUAGUGUCUCCAUGUUGCAUUAUGGGAGAAAGCACUCUGAGUGGUAAUUCCAGUCCACUCCAUCCGCUGCACAUGAAAUCCAAGACAAACCAUGACCCAGGCAUUCCACUUGGAAGCAGAUAACAUUCCAGUCACAUUCCCGGGGAAAUGCCAGGGAUUGGACUGAUUCAAUUGGCUGGCAUGCAACAGAGGACAGGAAACAAGAGGGGGGAGCCCUGUGCAUUCCCUUUAUGUGCCAAAGAAUGUGACUGUAUGAGUGAAACAGGCCGGGGACAAAGAGUAUUUGCAAAUAAGUUGUUUUUACCUCCAAGGAGUGCCAGAUGGGUGGGGUUUGCCACACUGGACAGCACAAUGAGUGCCAGCAAGUUCAGACUAUAACAAAGUACCCAAGUGUCAAUUUAAUUGACAACUUAUUUAACACUAUCCGGGCUGCCUUGCCCUGAGAAACACCACCCAUCUGGUGCUCAAGGGAGGUUAAAAGAAAGUAUUAUUUGCAAAUACUCCAGCACUUGACCCUAGUCAGAACACUUCUUCUGUACAGUCCAGCAGAGUAGCAAGGCUCCUAACCCCUCACCCCUCUUACUUUUCAUUCAAAGGAAAAAUCCACCCGAAAACACUUAAGCACUGUACAAAACCACUAUUGGAGCUAUACCUGUCAUUGUGUGGUGAUGUGUUUUUCUUAGUCCCAUGGAUAGCUGGCAAAAUCUAGACACCAUGCCCCAAUAUUUCCAGUGCUGCUACAACAGAGUUGGAGAGCAGAAUUGUGUCAGCAAUCCCAAACAUCAGUGAUAUCAAAGAGCAAUGGCUUCUUUUCUAGAGCUGCAUCACAUCUGUGUUCAGUAAUCUCUAUCAUAGAAAUCCAUCAUAGGAGGGGCAGACAUGUCUCCAAGACCCUAAAGAGACACGGAGUACAGUGCAAGCCAAAAGACAUGUUACAUUCUCUCUUUUUCUUGCCUGGUAAAUUUGCUCUCUACUCUUGUUGAAUUAAUGCUGCUUCUCUCUCCAAGCAGAUAAUGUUAUAAGUUCAGGCACGUUCUCAGCGGUUUGUCAAAAGGCAUUCUGGGAAACGUAGGCAGUCACUAACUGAAGUAGACGCAGACGAGGCAGAUUGAGGGAGAGUACGCAUGCCAAAAAGAUAAAUCACAGCUCUUGAACAUCACAGAGCGAAGAUAUCUGACGGUGGAUUUUUCCUUUAAUCUCAACCAACGUGGUUCUGUCCAGCAUUAUGGUGUCCUUUGACCUAAUUGGUAUAGAUCAAGCACUGAAGCAUCUGAAAGAGACCUGCUAACACAGAGCACACACUCCUCCCAUUACCCUGCGUCUUUAUUAGUGCAUUACGGGGUACAAAUACUGAUUGGGUUCAUCGCUGAAGCCAUGUCAUUGGAAGACAAUAACAGCUUUGUUCCAAUGAAGAGCAUAAACCUCGACUCCAGAGGGGGAAGCUUUGUGAUUAGCUUAAUAAUCCUACUGAUGAACAGAGGAGGCCCGAUAGUGAUAAUUAGCUUUGCGAUAAGGGCAGAGUGCGUUAACACCCCAUUCAGAUAUUCGGCUAAUUAAUUUGCCCCCCAACUUCACUAAAAAUGCUUCGUGUCUUCCUCACAAGGUAUUAAAUUGCUUUGUUGUAUGUCACUUUGAAUUUAUGGGUUUUAGCGUUGCCCUUUUAAAAAGGUUUUGUUGUCCCCCCUGCCUUAAGCCAAAGAGAUCGUCCUUUUUUUUUUUUUUUUUUUUGGCUUGCCGUUGGCUACUCAGCUGCUGCGGAUGAAGUCUUCACCAACGAGGCUGUCCUUUCUCUACAUCCUCUUUCUUUCUCAGGUGAUACACACACAACUGUUUUGAGAGACAGACACCCCCCGCCACCUCCCCACCCCCGCUCCUCGCUCCUACUUUUGGCUUCUUUCUUUUCUGGAAAGUUUUCUUCAGGGCAGUUUUGUCCUGACACUGCAGUGUUCAGUUCAAUAACACCAGAGGUUUCUGUCUGGGAAAAAGAAAUUGCUUUUAUUCUAGUAGAGCCCAUUUGCUGAAGAAAGUUCCUUUUCACAGAAGCAAAUUUUGUUUGAAGUUGAAUCGGAUGCCUUAUCAAAUAUUCCAGUUGCCAGUGAAUGUGACAUUAGUAACAGAUGUUUGACAAUCAUAUAAACACUGCUAAAAAUAUCGGAAUUUAAAUUUAAACAUUAACAAGCUGUUUUACCUGCCUGUUGUCUGCAAUAUUUGUCAAAGAAAAUGAAUACAUGCAUAUAUUCAAUAUGUGCACCGUCUUCAGUGCUAGUUAACGACACUAGUCAAACCUUUCUCUUGAAAGCAAGUCUUUUUUUGUGUAGAAUUUGACAGGAUCACCUAACCCCAGGAAGCCCUCCGUUGGCUAUUUUAUUCAGUAUGCUCUCAAAUCCUUUUAUAUUGACUUACAGUCCUGUCCAGCACUCCACCUGCUGUCCUCUGCUGUGGGCGCAGGCAGUGUGGAUUUGCCUUUGCUGUGUGCAAACGUUCAAUAUUGAAUUCGGCAGUGUUCCCCACCUUCCUCCCCUUGCUAUCACUGCUUCAGACGUCGUGUAGCAGUGACAAGUGAUGAGCUAUUGCCUGCUCCUUUCGUGUCAACAGACAAAGCCACAAGAGCCAUCCUCCGAUAGUCAUUAGGCUCGGAUAGCUGUUAUUGUCAACAGAGCUCAGCGAGGAACACGAUACAUGAGGGAAAUUGAGAUGAUUGAAAAGUCUGGCAGAUUAUUUCUGUCUCUGAGUUGUUGUAUGCGUCAAGUAUCCACUUCAACCUGCUGCUCAUGUCUUGUCUGUGCUGUCGGCGCCUUCAUUCUCCCCAGAUCCAGUGCUGCUGCCUGUUGUUUUCCAUCAAAGCAUUUGGUAAUUGACGUUCAUGAAACAUUACUUAUAAUAAACAGCGGUCACUGCCCCUCUCACAAAUGAUUAGGAUGUGUAAAGACAGGAGGGGAGUUGUUUUUCUCUCGGUAAUGACCCUGGGAACUUGUUCAUUUGAAGUGCGGGACCCUUCCUGCUUUAAAGAUGACUUUUGCACAGAAAUACUCCAGAUUCCUGCUUCUGUCAUGCGUAUACAGCACAAUCCUACCUCAGCUCUGUAGUCCUUAUCAGACUAGGAGCAAAAUUACAGAAAUUCCUUUUACUUUGGUAACUGUCCGAAUGAGCUGGGGCACGUUCUAGGAAGUCUUUUGCGGACAGGGCCUUCUGAUUUUUGGUUUGGCUGUCAGUUGUGUGUAGCUGCCAUUCGUCUGACAGGGCUGACAGCCAGCACUCUAGUAAGAAUCUCCUGAUGAGCUGUUUGUGACGCGCUGCUCUUCCAGGCAUCGCCCCCAUCUGUCAUUGCAAAUCAGUGUCCUGAGCACAAAGAGGCAGAAUGAAAGUGAAUUCUCUACUGGAGAGUUGAAUGGCACCAACUAGACUGAUAUCUAGCGGCGCUAGUGGCACUCCAGAUUCAACCCGCAAAAGCUGUAGAGCAAAUGACAAGAAGCAGAAAUGAUUUGACUAUCUUUAAUGAGAGUUCAAGGGUCAGGCCAUUGCCUCUAAUCGAUAAAAGACACUGACCCUCCAUUAACUGCAGCUCCAAGACAUGUAGGGGGUUUGUGUUCGGUGAUGGUGGAUGGGACUACAUUUAUCAGGGAAAAAAACAUUCAAGAGAUUUUAUUUGUUACAUAUACAUACAUACAGUGAAAUGUAGUUGCGUCAAACUCCCAGGCAGUGCACAAAUGAAGUACAGGAAAUUAUACACACUAAGUGAAUGUUUGCUAUACCUAUAAUAAAGCGAUUAAAAAACUGUAUUUAAAUAGCAUUUGUAAGUAAAAUACAAAAUAAGCCAAAUAAGCAGAAUAUACAAUAGAGUAAGCACUGUUAAAAGGAAACAGUGCAGAUCAAGUGGCAACAGUAUUUAAAUGGCAGUAGUGCGAGGUAAAGUAUAAUAUACAUAGGUGAAUGUCCUUGGGUAUGUUGUCCUUCAGGAGAUUACUGUUUGCUGUUCAAGGCUCUGAUAGCCAGUGGGAAGAAACUUUUGCUCAGCCUCUCAGUGUGUGAUUUGUGGCAGCGCAGAGGCUUGCCUGAUCGCAGCCGCACAAACAGUCCAUUGCUGAGGUGGCGGGGGUCCUUUAUUAUCCUCCCAGUUCUGCUUCCACACCUCCUGUUGUAUAGGCUCUGCGGGGAGGGGAGCGCCGUCCCCGUAGCGCGCUCAGCCAAUCACACAGUCCUCUAUGGAACAACUCACAAGCAGGUUCCUUAUCAAUUCUGUGAAUGCGCUUACAUGAUUCCAUAAGCAUAACAAGAUACUCCAAUCUUCGGGGCUAAACCCAUGCUUAAAUUUCAGCUGUAAUGUGUUCCUGCCAUGUGGUGCCCAUUUCUUCUUUCUGUCUUCCUCCUGUCAUGAAAAAAAUGGAGGCAUAGUGGAAUCUGUAAGGGAAGCGUUUGCUAAAUCAGGAAGCGAUGAGUCAUAAAGUCUUGACCUUAAACAGUUGCACCCAGGGGUUGCAGUGCAUUUCAUUAAACCCUGUGAACGCAUUCAAGAAAACAGCAACAUUCGGGUGGUAACUCAUUAAUUAACUCAGUUUCCUGCUUAAUGCCACCUUUGUGCUCGUAGGGCUUUCAUUUAUUGCUAAUUGAACCUUUUUUGCUGUUUACAUCUUGACAACCGGUAGAAACUGGUGGACACACCUGGAUUUCUGCUCUCUUUCCCAGCACUUGACACCUCAGUCUGAAUUUAUUUAGUUUUCUAAAUGUGGCAAAAAUGCCACAGAGGAAAUUACAUGGAUCCGGCCAUGGCUUUCGUCACACAUUUGACAACACAGUGAGGGUAGUAAAAUCCAACAUUUUCUCUGAUUAUAAUGGGAAGGCAUAUGUAAGAGUACAUAACAAGAAUAUAGCUAAGAAUAUAACAAAGACCAUUAACAUGAAGGGCCAACAAUACAAAAAAAAAAAAAAAAAA